UAGGAACUUAAUUUAUUCAAAACAGCACAGCCCAUACAGAUCAGAAUAAAACAUUAGCCGUUCGCGGCUUUGGGAAAUUUUACUUGCUUCAGGGGCCACAACUGUAGAUUAUUCCACAAGGGCUGCAACUGUGAAAAUCAAUUCUCAAUGUUAAAACUAUCAGAAAGGGGAGCAACUAGUACAGACUUUCUCUAGGGUUGAAUAAGAAAUAAACAAUCCUGCAUGAGAAAAUGUCAAGAGCUGAAAGUACAAACACGCCAACAGACAAAGAGACCAAACCAAAACAUCGGCCAUCUCGAACGCCAACCGGCCUGCCUGGAGACGAACCAAAACCACGCAAGAGGAAGAACCGCGAGAAACUGGGGGAGGUGGUCGACUCGCUCCUGGUUCCGGAGCACAAGGCUGCCCGGAGGAUCAUCCGGAGAUCCCAGAAACGGCAUCCGGCGGUGGCCACGAAGAACAACAUGACGCUGUAUGAGAGAAUCAUCGCUUACAGACAGCUGAAAGAGAAGGGGAGCAACGGUAGCACGGAAAGCGAGAGUAACGGCCGCUCGACAGAGGAUGAGUUCAAACCCCUUGAGCGGAGCGAGACUGGGUGGGGAAGUGUCGAUAUUUCCCAAUACACCAACGUUAAAGACGAAGAAGAAGAGCGAAGAUCGCCGACCCCGCUACCGACACUGACCGAUGACGUCAGAGCUAUCCGGAAGCAGAAUGGCUCGGAUCCAAAGCUGACAGCACGGGAUGUUCACGUCCAGCUUGAUGACGAUAAGCUACAGAAGAAGGAGCCUCUGCCACCAGUCCGCAGUGCCACACCCCCAAAGAAAAAGUCGCCCUCGCCGACCAGAGAAAGAUCCAAUAGCCACAACUCGGACCUCAACCGACACUCGGUCCUUCCACCAAUCACAGACUCGCGCCAAGAAAAGCGGCACUACUCCGAUAAACAGGAAGUGAAGCACACUUCUGAGAAGGAGCAUUACGCUGUGGACAACAGACGCAAUGAAACAGCGGUCAUCACUGCUACUGCCGCUGUUGCUCGAAGCGACAAGGUCGUUGAGAAUACACACGUAGAAGAGAAAGUCCACAAAGUAGAGAAAAAUAAGGCCGAUAAAAGAGAUGACGUUACGAAUAGCGAGAAAACGAUACAUAAAGUAGAUAGAGAUGAGAGAAGCCAUUCCAAUAGUAAAGAUGUAAAAUCCGAGAAAUACUACGAAGAAAAGAGAAUAAAUGACGAUGAUGUAAAGCGUGUAAACAAAGAAACGCAUAAUGAGAAGUAUGAUGUCAGAAGCAAUCACGAGGAAAAGAAAAGUAUAACAAACAAAGAAAAUUAUGUUGAGAGAAAUGACGUCAAGAACAAUCGUGAAGAUAAGAGAACCGAUGUGUAUGUUACAAACGAGACCAUAAUUGAUGUAAGUAAAACAGAAUCAAAGAAAGAAAAAGUAAAAGAUGACAGGAGAUCUGACAGUAGAUCCAACAUACGAGAGGUCGAGAAAAAGAAAGAAAUAUUAAAAGACGAAAGAAGAUCGGAUAGUAGAAGUAAAGUACGUGAAGUCGAUCGGAGAGAUAGUCGUGAGAUAGUUGCUGAGGUAAGAAGUCGGGAACGGGACGUGGAACGCAGGGAUAGCAGAGAGGACGUCAGAGAGAGUCGAAGUCACGUCAGAGAUAGUCGAAGUCACGUCCGUGACGUUGAGAGAACAGAGAAGAGCCGUGAUACAGAUAGUAGAGAUAGGAAACGUGACGAUAAACGGGAGUACAAAGAAGAAGUUGUGAAGAGCAGCAGUCACGUUCGUAAGGAGGAAAGAAGAAACAGUAGAGAGAAGGAUUUUGUGGAAGUAGCUGUAGACAAAGUCAAGAGGUCACACAGGGAUGACACCCCGGACAGAUCACCACCAAGAAAGCAAACACCCAGGCGAUCACCAACACCCGAGAAAAGGCGAACACCACAAAGACGAUCGCCUACACCAGAGAAAAGGCGAACACCACAAAGACGAUCGCCUACACCUGAGAGAAAGCGAACACCUCCAAGACGGUCUCCGACUCCGGAGAAAAGACGGAAAUCCCCGCGGCGGUCCCCGACACCGCAGAGAAAGAGAACACCCCAAAGACGAUCUCCUACACCAGAAAAAAGGCGAACCCCCCAAAGAAGAUCACCAACACCAGAAAGAAGGAGGACACCAAAAAGAUCACCAACACCUGAGAAAAAGCGAACACCUCAAAGAAGAUCCCCAACACCAGAAAGAAAACGAACACCACCUAGAAGAUCCCCAACACCCCAAAAGAGACGAACCCCUCCUAGACGAUCACCUUCCCCUCAAAGAAGAUCAGCCACCCCGCAAAAAAGACAAUCACCAGACAGGAAAAGAACGCCCCCGAAAAGGUCACCCUCACCUCGCGAAAAAACCCCACCUCCGAAAAAAUACCCACCUUUACCACAGAUCCCUUCGCAGAAAUCAACCGAAAAACCAAGAAAAAAAUCUCUCUCCCCCGAACCGCAAAAAUCCGAUCGACAGAAACCGCAAAGACGUAGCCCUGAGCCAGAUAGAUCCCUAUCUCCCCCACCAAGAAAACAAGCAACACCGCCUAAACAUGAAACACCACGAGAUUCAGUUCCACAAAAAGCUAAAAACCGCCCAGAUGAACCUAUCAUCGAAAAAGCCGCAGCAGCUGCCGCUAAAGCAAGCCUACCCGAUAAACCUAACAAACCGAAACCGGAAGAUAAAAAAGCUCAACCGGCGCGCCAAAGUCCGGCACGCCAAACGUCAUUGGAUGACGAAAUCAAGCGGUUAGAUGAAAUGUUGGAUCGGGAUCUAAACGACAUUAUCCAAUCAGUUAGCAAAAAACCAGAAAAAGGAAAAGAAAAAAAUGAAGACGAUAAAUUAAAAGACAAAAUUUUAGAUCCAGGGUUUCAAGCGGAAAUGGACAAGUAUUUUCGUGACAUUUAAAAUUGGCGCACAAAUUGUUUUGAUCAUGUAUUAUCUAAGACACUGUGUAGUAGUUUUGAUAAGGAGGAUAACAUUUUUUAUACCUAACUUAUUGUAACCAUGUUAAUCAUUGAAUACAUUUUAUCAAUAAUAUUUUAUAUACAAAGGAUAUACUGCUAAAAACAAAAAUAAUCUAAACCAGAUUAAGUUUUAACAUACAAUAUAUUUAUCUUUUCUUUUGGUUGCAAUUAGAUUGUAAGUGAUAAUUAUGCAAAGUGGACUGUUUUGAACAUGCUGUAUAGAGAAGUGAUGCCUGAAACAAAAUGUUUACUUGGUCUGCAUUAGUUCGCUUGAGUAUUAAUAAACAUCAUGUUAAUGUUUAUGUAAACUUUUACAUGCCAAAUUUUAUUAUAUUAAACAAUCAAAUGUUAUUUUAUAAAAAA